AUGGAAGCUGAAUUGGAAGCAGUUAUAUUGGCAGGAGCAGAUGAGGAGGAAAUAGAACAUAUCAUCCUCCAUAAUAUAUUUAUUGAUAGAGGCAUUACUCAUACAGCACAAUUCAACUUGGAAACUUGCCAGAUGAAGUUUAACAGCAUUGUGCAUUCUACUAAGACGGCUGGCAUAUCCAAACAGAUUGUGUGAUAUGGUCCCUAUGUUCCACUUGUCAACUCAGUCUUUGUCACAAAUCAUAAAUAAAUUGAUAAGUGUGAUUAUGGAGGAGCAUGCUGUACUUCUCAACAAUUUGAAUUCAUUGCAGUGGUUUAAUAGGGAGAAGUUGGAGUAUUAUGCACAGGCUAUUCAUAAUAAAGGAGCACCUAUGAAUAAUUGUUGGGGUUUCAUCGAUGGUACAGCAAGGAAAAUUUGUCGACCCUCUGAAAAUCAAGAAGAGUAUUAUUCAGGACACAAAAGGUAUCACUGCAUAAAAUUCCAAUCAAUAAUUUGUCCUGAUGGAAUUAUUGUUAGUUUGAAAGGCGCAUAUCCGGGAAGAAGGCAUGAUGCCAGAAUAUUUAGGGAGUCAGGUAUCUCUGAAGAAUUAGUGCAAAAGACAUGUUUUGACACAAGACGAUUUGUUUUAUUUGGUGAUCAAGGAUAUGGGCUGAGUGA